UGUGGGAGGGCGCGGUUGUACCGGAGUGUGGAUCGUCCCCGCAGCGCGUGAGAGCCGCUUCCACCUGCGACCUUCAGCCGGGUGCAGUGCUUCAAGCAGCGAGCGCUUUGCCUCCGGGAGUGGCCGGUGCAGGAGUCCAGCCAUGGCGGUGGUGGGCUUUGACCUCGGCUCGCAGAGUUGCUACAUCGCGGUGGCCAGAGCCGGCGGCAUAGAGACGGUGGCCAACGAGUUCAGUGACCGAUGCACUCCGUCGGUGGUGUCAUUUGGGUCCAAAAACAGAGCAAUUGGAGUAUCUGCCAAAAAUCAACUCAUUACACAUGCCAACAACACAGUGUUUAACUUCAAGAGAUUCCAUGGUCGUACGUAUAACGAUCCUUUUAUUCAGAAGGAGAAAGAGCUUGUGAGCUACCGUUUAGUUCCAAUGAAAAAUGGAAGUGUCGGAAUAAAAGUAAUGUACAUGGAAGAGGAGCAUUUAUUCAGUGUGGAACAGAUAAUGGCUAUGCUGCUGACUAAGCUGAAGGAGACUGCCGAAAAUAACCUCAAAAAGCCUGUAACAGAUUGUGUUAUUUCUGUUCCAUCGUUUUUCACUGAUGCAGAACGGAGGUCUCUGCUGGAUGCUGCUCAGGUUGUUGGAUUGAAUUGUCUCAGACUAAUGAAUGAUAUGACGGCAGUGUCUCUGAACUAUGGGAUUUACAAGCAGGACCUUCCAGCUCCAGAAGAGAAACCACGAUUAGUGGUGUUCAUAGAUAUGGGCCACUCGGCAUUUCAAGUAUCAGCCUGUGCUUUUAGCAAGGGUAAACUGAAGGUGCUUGGUACAGCUUUUGAUCCCUUCCUAGGAGGAAAAAACUUUGAUGAAAAAUUAGUGGAUCACUUCUGUGCUGAAAUAAAAGCCAAGUACAAAUUGGACCCGAAAUCAAAAAUAAGAGCCCUUCUUCGUUUAUAUCAGGAAUGUGAAAAGUUGAAAAAGCUAAUGAGCUCAAACAGCACAGAUAUUCCACUUAAUAUUGAAUGCUUCAUGAAUGAUACAGAUGUAUCUGCAAAGAUGAAUAGGGCCCAGUUCGAAGAAUUGUGUGCUGAUCUCCUGCAAAGAAUAGAGAUUCCUCUUCGUUCCUUGAUGGACCAAAUACAACUCAAAGUGGAUGAUGUGCAGGCUGUUGAAGUUGUAGGUGGAGCCACACGCAUCCCAGCUGUGAAAGAGAAGAUUGGGAAGUUCUUUGGCAAGGAUGUCAGCACGACACUGAACGCAGAUGAAGCUGUUGCAAGAGGCUGUGCAUUGCAGUGUGCAAUUCUGUCUCCAGCUUUUAAAGUUAGAGAAAUCUCUAUCACAGAUGCAAUUCCAUACCCAAUCUCACUACAGUGGAAUACAGAAUCCGAAGAUGCUGACGGAAUUCAUGAAGUUUUCAGCAGGCAUCAUGCAGCACCUUUCUCCAAAGUCUUGACUUUUUACCGAAAAGGCCCAUUUGAACUCCAAGCUUUCUAUUCUGAGCCCAGUGGUGUCCCUUACCCUGAAAAAAAUAUUGGCAAAUAUGUUAUCCAGAAUAUUGCAGCUCCGAAAGAUGGAGAGAAAACUAAAGUUAAGGUCAAAGUCCGUAUCAAUAGUCAUGGCAUUUUUAGUGUCUCAACUGCAUCUAUGGUGGAGCAGAUGAAAAUAGAAGAGAGUGAAGAUCCCAGUGUUGAAGCUGAAGUAGAUUCUCAGAACCAAACACAUCCUGAGAACGCUGAGAAGAAUUUCCAGCAAGGCAACGGUGAGGCUGGAGCUCAGUCCCAGGUACAAACAGAUGAUCAGCAAACGUCACAGUCUGCCCUUUCUCCUGAAGCUCCCCCUGAAGAAAACAAAACCCCAGAUGCCGAAAAAGGAAAUGGAAAGAAAAGCGAUCAGCCUCCAGAAGCUAAAAAGCCCAAGAUAAAAGUGAAGAAUGUUGAGUUGCCUAUUGAAGCUAACUUGGUCUGGCAGCUUGGAAAAGACCUGCUCAACUUGUACAUUGAAACUGAGGGCAAGAUGAUCAUGCAAGACAAACUGGAGAAGGAAAGGAAUGAUGCAAAGAAUGCAGUUGAAGAAUAUGUUUAUGAUUUCAGGGACAAGCUAUCUGGAACCUAUGAGAAGUUUGUGUGUGAAAAGGAUCGCCAGAGUUUCUCCACACUGCUGUCAGAGAUAGAAGAUUGGCUGUAUGAGGAGGGAGAGGAUCAACCUAAACAGGUCUAUAUGGACAAACUGGCUGACUUAAAGAAAUUUGGGACUCCCAUUGAAAUCAGGUAUCAAGAAGCAGCAGAGCGGCCGAAGUUGCUGGAUGAGCUAGGGCAUAAGGCUCAAAACUAUGCCAGGAUUACGGAAGAAUACAGGAACAAGGAUGAGAAGUACAUCCAUAUUGAUGAAAGUGAAAUGAACAAAGUAGAGAAGUGUGUCAGUGACACGAUGGAAUGGAUUAACAACAUUUUGAACGCCCAAGCAAAGCAGAGCUUUGAUCAGGAUCCUGUUGUUCGUGUUACCGAAAUCAAAGGAAAGCUGAGGGAACUACACAGUGUGUGUGAGCCCAUUGUAACUCAGCCGAAGCCAAAAGUAGACUCUCCUAAACGGGAAGAGUCGCUGGAUUCACCUUCUAUUCAUAAAAAUGAAGACUUAGAAGAAGAAAUUAAAAACAUCGAGACAGCACAACAAAAUGGUAGCUGUCACAUGAAUGAGAGCCCCGUUAACAUGGACUUGGACUAGGCCAUUGCAUUUCAAUGCAUAAUUUCAUUGUGGAAAAAGACUGCCGGUGUAUUAUGGGAUAUGGGAGAAAUGUAACGUUUGGGGGAGCUAUUUAUAUUUUAGAGUUCUGUUGUAUUAUGUGAGGAAUGAAUGUAUUGGAAAAGGUAGAAGUUGAGACCGUGAUAAUCCUAAAAGGAAAAUUGCCUUGGUAACUUUCAGAUUCCUGUGGAAUUGUGAACACUUACUAAAAUCUUCUGUGCGGGAAUUCAACCUUUUGUAUCAAUUACGGCUAUAAUAUCAAGGGAUUGUUACAAAAGGUACUGCUCCUUUAAAAGGGUUGCACCUAGAGCUUUUGUAGAUGCCAAGGUAGUUUUUCUUUCUUCUCUGUUUUUGGUAUGUUUCUUCCAUUGACAGGCAUUCAAUCAAAAGCCUACCUGAAAACCAACUUUAAAAAAGUGUUCUUUGUUCCAUUGUCCAAAAUGUUUGCUAGAAGAGAAGAGAAGAAAUAUGUGCAGCAGCAUGAAGAAUUGCUUUAAGCUUUAGUCUCUUGCUCAGUGUGUUCUUAUGUGUAGAAAGACAAAUGAAGGUAAUACACUGAUCCUGUUUUAUGUUCCUGUGAUGCCUUUAGUGAGCUUUAAUAAAGUUCAUCGA